GCCGACUAGGCGGUGGGGGCGAGGUGAGCAGGUAGAAGUUACCGAAGGUAUCUCCACCCGGUGGCGUCCUGGCGCGCAGGGGAGCGUGUCCUGAGCAGCGCCGGCAGGCGUCGGAGGCGGACGCCAUGGCCACAACCUUCCGGGCGAGCGGUAACCGCAGGGCGGCCGGGACUCGCUGGGAAGCAAAGCUGAGCCCUCCCCUUCCUUAGGAAGUUGUCGUCCCUGCCCGCAGGUCGGCGCGCCCACCCGUCCAGAGCAUCAGCAUAUCCGCUACAACCCGCUACAAGAUGAGUGGGUGCUGGUGUCAGCGCACCGCAUGAAGCGGCCCUGGCAGGGGCAGGUAGAACCCCCGCUUCUGACGACAGUACCCCGCCAUGACCCCCACAACCCUCUGUGUCCGGGGGCCACACGGGCCAAUGGAGAGGUGAAUCCCCACUAUGAAGGCACCUUCCUGUUUGACAAUGACUUCCCAGCUCUGCAGCCUGAUGCCCCUAGUCCAGGACCCAGUGAUCACCCCCUUUUCCAAGCAGAGGCUGCUCGAGGAGUUUGUAAGGUUAUGUGCUUCCACCCCUGGUCGGAUGUGACACUGCCACUCAUGUCAGUCCCUGAGAUCCGAGCUGUCGUUGAUGCAUGGGCCUCAGUCACAGAGGAGCUGGGUGCCCAGUACCCUUGGGUGCAGAUCUUUGAAAACAAAGGAGCCAUGAUGGGCUGUUCCAACCCCCAUCCCCACUGCCAGGUGUGGGCCAGCAGUUUCCUGCCAGAUGUUGCCCAGCGUGAGGAGCGAUCUCAGCGGGCCUAUCAGAGUCAGCACGGAGAGCCCCUGCUAAUGGAGUACGGCCGCCAAGAGCUGCUCAGGAAGGACCGUCUGGUCCUAACCAGUGAGCACUGGUUAGUGCUGGUCCCCUUCUGGGCAGUGUGGCCCUUCCAGACACUACUGCUGCCCCGUCGGCAUGUGCGGCGGCUGCCUGAGCUGACCCCGGCUGAGCGUGACGAUCUAGCCUCCAUCAUGAAGAAGCUCUUGACCAAGUAUGACAACCUAUUUGAGACAUCCUUUCCCUACUCCAUGGGCUGGCACGGGGCUCCUAUCGGAUCAGAGGCUCGAGCCAACUGGGACCACUGGCAGCUACAUGCUCAUUAUUAUCCUCCACUCCUGCGCUCUGCCACAGUCCGGAAAUUCAUGGUUGGCUAUGAAAUGCUUGCCCAGGCCCAGAGGGACCUCACCCCUGAGCAGGCUGCAGAGAGACUAAGGGCGCUUCCUGAGGUUCAUUACCGCCUGGGGCAGAAGGACAGGGAGACAGCAGCCAUCGCCUGACCACACUGACCACAGGGCCUUCUGCCUGAGGGAACUAGGGCCUAGGGUUUGGGCAGAUGUGGGAUCAAUAAAACUGUGCUUCUCAAACUUGAA